GUGGUGAUGCUGGGGGUGGGAUAUUGAUUUUAAAGCUCAUCAUCUACAUAAAAACCCAGGCAUUCAGGUCACUUUGGAGGAUUUAACUUUUUAAAUUUUACACCUUCAUCUUUUGGUCAGAAGAAGAGGGGUUUCAGAAGAAGAGAGAACUAUAAAGAAGCUAAAAUAUUUUUGUCAUUCUUUGGAUUUACAAGGAAGAUUUAAGAAAUUGAACCAAACUGGAGCAGGAAUUACAGACAUAAAAUGGAAAACAGUACGGAUUAUUAUUAUGCCAAUAUACUGGACAUCGAAAACGGAUUGUGUCGCAAGGACGCCGUGGCAAAAGUUGGCUCCAUCGUUGUCCCGUUUUUCUUCAGCAUUGUGGUGUUGCUCAGUCUAAUUGGUAACAUCUUGGUUCUUGUGAUUCUAGUGCUUUAUGAGAAUCUUAAAUUGUUGACCAACAUUUACAUCCUCAACCUGGCCGUGUCGGACCUGCUCUUCACUGUGGGACUGCCGUUCUGGGCUUGUUACUACAUCUGGGGUUGGACACUCGGAGAUGUGGCGUGCAAAACUGUCUGCUUCGUCUUUUACGCUGGAUUUUACAGCAGCGUCAUGUUCCUGAUGAUGAUGACCUUUCAGCGCUACAUGGCUGUGGUGCACCCUCUCUCAGACUGGGAAAGAGGACAUGGUUUUUCACUGAUCACCAUCAUCACUUGGGUAGUGAGCAUCGCUGCCGCAGUGCCGGCCCCAAUCUACAGCUCAGUCCAGGCUGACCCAGGAGACCCUCAAAAACUUUACUGUGAGUACAAUUCCACUGGUGCAUAUUUGGCCAUUACGUACGAACAGAACGUGUUUUUUGUUUUCGCCUUUUUGUUCAUGGGGUUCUGCUACACAAAAAUCCUGCAGACCAUCUUCAAUACACGAACGAACAAGAGACAUCGUACUAUCAAACUCAUCUUCUGCAUCGUAGUCGUGUUCUUUCUUGGUUGGGCUCCUUAUAACCUGGUGAUUUUUCUGCACACCUUUACUCAUCAUCAGAUCAAUUAUUUCACGAGGUGUGACGUCUCGCACCAUCUCGACUACGCCGAAUACAUCUGCAAGCUGCUGGCAUUUUCGCACUGCUGCCUUAAUCCCGUGUUUUAUGUUUUCGUUGGUGUUAAAUUCAGGAAUCAUGUAAAGGGGAUUCUGCGGAAGAUUUUUCAAACCGCUCCGAACAUGGACAUACAGCAUACACGAACCGGCACCAUUCUGUCUCACGGCUCUGUGUGUUCAAACAGCAACAACUGCAAACGCAAUUCCACGACGGUCUGAGCAAACGAUUUAUCCAAUGCUUAAACAUGUAGAGGUUAUGUAACAUAUACUGUACAGUGAAAAAGUGUAAUCAUAUUAAAAGUGGAUGUCUGGAGGUUAUGUUUUCUUUGUUAAAUGACAGCAUGACAACACCUAAUUUCACUGGUGCCUUAUUUAAAAGGCUAAUCACUUUAAUAUGGUCUUAUAAUAUUCUCAAGAAAAAUAUGAUAAAUGUGCAUGAGUGGAUUUUAAAGGCAUCUGAUACAGUACAGGAACUCAGACUUCCUAAUCAAUUUGCAAAUAAAUAGACAUUGGUCUGGUUCAGAAUUCAUUCUGGCUCAUAAUAUACUGUUUCCACAUCCUACAUGACUAUUCAGUUUCAAACAGUUUGUACAAAUGUGUCACAGCCGAGCAGAUUU